AGCAGUUUUUUUUUUGAAGAAAAAUUUUAAAUAAAACAAAUUUUUAUGAUUUAAUUGUUUGUUUGUAUGCAAAAAAAUAUUAGAAAAAUGGUUUACUAUAUUUUAAAAGUACUUUUAUGUUGUUAUAGUGUCUUGUGCAAUUGUAAUACACGCGCUCCAUCACCAACCUGUUUAUUUACAGAAAAGUUAAACAAUAAUUUUUUGCCGACACUAGCAAAUGGUUACAUUGGUACAGUUGCAUUAAGUGAUGAAAUACACGUCGGAGGAUUGUAUAACGGCAAGGCAAAUACGAUCCCCGAUUUUUUAAGUAAGCAGCGAAAAAACAGGGUAAAAGGUUCAACCAAUCAUACACACAGAGCAAGAAUUCCAUCAACUGCAGCUAUACAAUACAGACUAAAUGGCAUAGGUCAAAGUAGUUUUGCAUUAGAUAUACAAAGUAAUGUGUUUUAUAAGUGGUUUGACAGUAAAAAUGCUAAUGUUGAACAGCGCAUUUACGCGCACAGCGAGUUAAAAAAUGUUAUAGUAAACGAAAUUAUUAUAAAAGCUAACCGUAAUUUAGUUCUCUAUUUUGAAAAAAAUGAAGGAAAAGAAAGCGAAGAUAUUGUAUUCAAAAAUGUAAAAGUGAAAAAAGCAUCAGCAUUCAAAGCAAAAAUUGGUCAAAUAAAAGAAGCUGAAAUUAAAAACGGUACUAAGACAAAGGUUGCUGUUAUUUUUUCAAAAGUUCCAAAGUCUGUAAAAAUAAUAAAAAAUAGUGUGAAAGAAUUUAAAUUUAUUACCUCAAUAGUGACAAGUUUGGAAUCAUUAAAAUUAUUACCAGAUGCCAUGAUGUACUGGAAAAAAGCGCAAAAUAUGGGUAAAGAUUUAUUUCGUACUCACCAAAAAAAAUGGGCUCAAACUUUUGAAAGUUUUCAUAUUGAAAUUACAGGAAACCUGUUUUUAUCUCAAACUGUUAAUUCUGCAUUAUCUAGUUUACUUUCUUCUGUGCGCAGUGAUUGGGAAUAUGGAAUAAGCCCAGGAGGUAUUGCGCCUAGUAAAGAGUAUUUAGGUCACGUGUUUUGGGAUCAAGAUAUUUGGAUGGCGCCGGCAUUUCUAAUGUUUUAUCCUGAACUUGCAAAAUCAUUUUUAGAAUACCGAUAUAAACGACUAAACGCUGCUAUAGAUAUUGCAAAAAAGUAUAACUUUAAAGGAGCAAUGUUUCCUUGGGAAAGUGCAGUUAGCGGUUUUGAAGUCUGUCCUGAAGAACGUUACGGAAGAAAUGAAAUACAUAUCACAGGAGAUAUUGUUUUUUCAAUUCGCCAGUACUUGUAUGCUACAGGUGAUUUUGAUUGGGUAUUUCAUCAUGGAAUACAAGUUGUCUUUAGUGCAGCUGAAUUUUGGAUUUCUCGGGUUUCUUAUAAUAAUUCCUUAAAUUUGUACGUAAUUAAUGACGUAAUGCCUCCGGACGAAUAUCAAUAUCCUGUAAAAAAUUCUGUGUACACAAACGUGAUUGCAAAAAUGUGCUUGGAAUUUGCUGUUGAGUUAGGUAAAAUAUUUAAAAUUAAAACAUCUUUUGACUGGGAAAAUGUGGCCACAAAAAUGUAUAUACCGUUUGACAAAACUUUAAAAUUUCACCCUGAAUUCGAUGGGUUCGACAUUAAAAACCCAUUAAGUGUGGUAAAACAAGCCGACGUUAUUUUGAUUAACUUUCCACUAAUGUUUCCAAUGGAUAGAGACGUCAAAAAAAACGAUUUACUUUUGUAUGAGAAUAUAACAGACUUAAAUGGACCAGCCAUGACGCAAUCUAUGUUUACGAUUGGAUGGUUGGAGGUUGGCAAUAGAGUUGCAGCAGAAAAAGCUUUCAAAAAAAAUUUUGAACACAUUCAAGAACCUUUUAAAGUAUGGACUGAAAUUCGAAAUGGCGAUGGAGCCAAAAAUUUCUUGACAGGAGCGGGAGGAUUUCUUCAGACAAUCAUAUUUGGUUUUGGUGGAAUAAGAGUGCAUAAUUUUAGUCUAGAUUUUAAUUUAAGUUUACUACCCGAAUCGACGUCAUUAUUAAUUUAUGGAGUAAAGUACCGCGACAAUAGCUUAAUUUUUAAUGUGAACAAAGAUAACAAAUGCUUUAUAGAACUAAGCCAUGCCUCGAAAACACAAUUAAUUUGUUUAAUGAACGGUAAAAAAAUACCAUUGAAGACAGGACUCAAAGUGUUAACGUGUCGUGGUUCGAUUGUUCCAAGCAACUCUAUAUAUGAUGUAAACAACAAUGACACAAACUAUAUAUUGGAAAAUAUAGUCGUGUAAUUAAUUGGAAAAGUUUAUUUUUGCCCCGCCAUUUAUUACGGUUGAUGAAAUAUUUAAAGAAUUUUUGUUCUA